AAUACGAGGUGGACGGCAGGCUACCAUUCCUCGACAUGGUCGUUGUUCGCAACGAAGACCAAUCUUUCUCCACUGAUUGGUUCAUGAAGCCCAUCGCAUCUGGACGGAUCCUUAAUUACUUCUCGCUGCAUCCAAAACACCUAAAAAUAAAUGUGGCAUACAACUUCGUCAAAAAGGUAAACACCCUUUCGACGAUCAAAACGGAGCAACAGAAAAAGGAGACGGUGAUGAGACUACUGAAGCUAAACGACUACCCCGUCUCGUUGAUCAACAGACUGAUUAACCGACACAACGAGAGAAGAACGAGAACACCAACACAACUAGAAAAUGACGAUCAACAAAUCAAAAUUUAUAAGUCGAUUCCAUACAUAGUAGGGUUAUCACAGCAGAUCACACAAUACUUUAAGAGAUCAAAUGAAUUUGACAAUAUUAACAUAGUACAUUAUAAUAACAACACAGUAGGUUCAUUGUAUAGAGCUAUGAAAGGGAGGACAGAUACAUAUCAGCGUAAUAACGUAAUUUACUGUAUUGGUUGUCAACAAUGUGAUGCCAAAUACGUUGGUAUGACAACCAACAAAUUACAAACACGUAUGUACGGACAUAAAUCUGAUGUAAAUCUCCUGGACAAAGUCACCAAAAUAGAAAACACUUCAGACAGGCUACACAAAUUGAGCGGUCUGAAGGAAAGAACAGCAAUGAUGAACCACUGUGUUAGCACAGGGCACAGAUUUGACCUGCAGAAUGCCAGUAUAUUAGACCAUAGCUUGAAAACAAAUAGACUACCGAUACUAGAGGUAUGCCAUAUAAUGACAACACAAAAUAUAAACAAACGGACAGAUGUAGAGGGGUUACACACAUGUUAUACAGGUAUCAUGCACACACUGAACAGAUUAUCUCACAGAAACAGACAAAAUAGGAACGAUCUUGACACUAAUACAAUAGAAACAGAUGAAGCGCGAAUGAAUCAAAAUGACGAAUAACGUAGACAGAAAAGACGAUUGAAGUUGAAGAGCUUGAUAGUUAAUAAGUGUUAUAUUGAAUUGUGGGCGAAAAACAUAGUACAGUGGAGGCGUACAGAUGGUAGUACUAGAUUACCAAACCGACUUCCCAACGACAAAACUAAGACAACACUACAGGCUGAAUGUUUUUGGACAGCUACGAAUAAUUCUUUGUAAGUUCAUGUUAUAUGUAAAAGUACUAUUAAUUAUUGUUUUUAAAUAUUGUUUCUGUCUGUCAUCACUCAAAUAAAAAUAGAUCCCUGAUGAAGAUCCAAAUUGGGAUCGAAACGUUGGAGCCAAGAAAAUAAAUUCGUAGGCCAAUUAUUAAGACUGCAAGCCAGAACAAAUUAAACGGCAUUUCGGAUGUGGUAUCGAGUUCGGCUGAUGCUUUUCAAGUCAAGCAGUUGUAGGAGACUUAACCUGGUGAGCCCGUCCCAAUUGAACGCCUUGUUUUGCUGUUCUUCUUUGUGUAUAUUUCAAAAUAACUAAACUAAAUUAAUUUCAUAACAAUCCAGUCCCAUAGCUUAAUCAUACCCGACCUUUCCCGUACCAAAAUCCCUUCUCCUUUCUGUUUACGAGAGCGUCGGUGAGUCGCUGGCAUCUCGUUAAAUAGAUAUCAUCCCUUGCCUAUUAUCCCUUCCCAUCCACAUAACGUGUUUCUUAUCGUUUCAGAGAGCGAUCAAUGGCGGUUAAGCCUAGGCUUGUUAGCCAGGACACAUGGUCCAAAUGCCUGUGCCCCAUCCCGGAAGCAAAAAGGCCCAUGGAGUGACAAAUUUCUUAGCUAUGUCACUCCCAACGUUGGUGUUAAAAAAUCACUUACACUCACAUCAACACAUCUACAUGAUCAACUCAAAUACAUUUACACAAUUUGAAUCUUGCCGCAUCACUCACUUAUAGUGAAUCCCCAAUCAAUCCAUUCCAAAUAUCCAACUCCUUGACACCUAUGGGGGCGCCGGUGAGUCGCUGGCCUCCAUUGUCGCUAGCCGGCAAUGGAAGUUUUCAUGUCUUUUUCUUCAACCUCUAAUUGGAUAGCUAUUCCUUCCCAAAUAGCAUUCCAUAAGCAAUUAGAAUAGGAGUAUUAAGGUUUUAACAUGACAACUUUCAGUAUACAAUCUACGAAUUACUCCGUUACAACGCAACGCAACGCAACGCAAGCUGCAAAUAUUUUGUAAA